AUGGCUCCAACGACAAGUGACCCUUUGGAUGACAGACUGUCCGCACUCUGGCAUUCUGCUUGUGAUGACUAUGCUAAAGAAACCGGGGUCGCAAUUACCGAUGGCGAUUUCCCCAAGAUCCACGGUCCUGAGGAUCUGUCCCGUCAGCUCGAUGCAGAGAAAGACCAUUUUGAGGACUUUCGGAUGAAAAGACGACCGCUCUUGCAUGCCAUGCAGAUGGUCCUGGCGCCCUUUGAGAACUGGGGCGAUCUACUUGCGGGUGCAGCCUCGGCAGCUUUUCCUCCAGCGUCUUCCAUCAUGGGCGCCAUGAUGCUUCUGAUUCGAGGUGCUCGCAGGGUCAGUGAAUCGUUCGACAUGCUUACGGACUUGUUUCACAAACUCGGCCAUUUUGCUCUCCGGCUGGACUCGUACAAGGGGGUUCCUCUCAGUGAAGGGAUGAAGACCAUCAUUGUCAAAGUUUUGGUCAAUUUCCUUCGUGUCUGCGCAGCGUCGCAGAAAUUGAUAAGUCGGGGAUCGUUGAGAGCAAGACUUACGAAAUGGACAAAGAAUGUCCUGGUUGAGGAUACGUCGAUUAGUUCGCUCCUGGGCGAGCUGGAGGAAUUGACGAGCCAGGAACACAAGAUGGUCUCCGCUCAUGGGCUCGAUCUCACUCAUCAGACGCUCAGAAAUACAGCAGAAUUACUCGAACGAGACGACAACAGAAAUAACCGUGAGAGACUAGACAGAGUGAAGAAGGCACUAGAUCCCGUCUCUGCAUCCGGUCGCGUCUUCUCUGCGAUCAACGAGAAUCGGAUACCUGGAUCGGGUAGCUGGAUUGAAGACAGGAUCCGGUCCUGGUGGCAGGGACCCGAGCCUCUCCUCUGGAUUCACGGCGGUCCUGGUGUGGGCAAGUCCUACCUGGCGUCGAAGAUCAUCAGCGAUCUCGCGAUGGCAGACGCAUCCGCUCCAUCUGCGCCCAUCGUCGCCUCUUUCUUCUUCAAGAACAACGAUUUGGAUCUCCGCUCCUUUAACAAAGCGCUGCGAACCCUGGCAUGGCAGGUGGUCGUCCAGCGAUCGAGAUUUGCGGCGCAUGCAGAAGAUUUCUGUCUGAAAGAAGACCCAGCCAACAGCUACAUUGUCUGGAGGAAACUCUUGCUUGACUUCUUCGUCGAGUCUCCACCGGGCGACGGAACGUGCUUUAUCAUUGACGGUAUUGACGAGGCCGAUCCAGAGGAACAAGAAAUCCUUUUCAGUCUGCUUGAAAGCGCGUACGCGACAGAGGACCAGAUAAGCUCUCCUGCGCCAAUCCGAGUCGUACUUCUGGGCAGGGAUUCCGUUCGCGGCAUUCUCGACGAACACUCCCUUGGGUGGAUUCCGGAGAUCGAAAUCACGAAUAACCAGAACAAGGACGACCUUCACGGAUACGUCUCUCAGAAGCUGCAGAAGACUAAGUUGUUCCGCGGCUUUUCAGACUUCCUAGACGAGAUCGUCCGGGAUAUAUGUGGGCAAGCGGAAGGCCUCUGGGAAUGGGCCAACCUUGUCAUCAAGUCUGUUCUGCGCUGCCGGACCAAGGAGCAGAUUCGAAAGGUGGUCCGGACGAUGCCCCGAGGAAUCAGCGCUAUGCUGCAUGCAGAACUGCAGCGUUUGGCUAGAGAGUUGUCGGUGUCAGAUGCGAUGUCGGCCGAGUUGUCCGAUGAGGAAGGAUCAACCGGGGAAGCAACGACGCAGAUUCAUCAGCUCAACAUCCUUCUCUCAUUUGUGACAAUGGCUCAGAAGCCGCUGACGGUGGAGCAACUCGACCUUAUCUUGGAGGUCAUCCUUGAAGAGGAGGUCCUGAAUCUUGAGGAUGAUCUUCGCACGGUAUACUCAUCCCUGUUUUCGCUGCGGCCCGCAGAGGAUGAAGAAGAAGAAGGUAAGGAUUCGGUCAUUGUAACUCUGCGGCAUAGUUCGUUUUAUGAAUUCUUCAACACAUCAGUGGAGGCUGGACCCGUCCAGGUCGAUCCCAAGCGAGCUGAGGCGUUGUUUCUAUUUGUCUUACUCUAUGCCUUUCAAAGAAGACAUACACCCACAUCAGAAAGGUCGCUAUUCUGGGUCAAGAGAUACGCUCAGAAAUUCCUGACACUGCAUCUGUCGCGUGCAGAUCCAGAAAAAGCAGCAAAUCGAAGAGAAGAAAUAGCCACUCUACUCGCGGGUCUCUUCACAGAGGAUCCGGUAUUCGACCCUCAGCACUGGCUCAUUGAACAAGGCCGCCCGAUCCACUUUGACACAUACUUCAAUUAUAUGUCGUCUCACGCAACAGAGAUUGCCCAUUACUGGUGGGAUGCUCAAGAUCGUGAUACGGCGAACCAGAGGGCGGAAUUGGUACUGAAUUGGCUAUCCCCAGAUACGAAACAGCUCCUGCAGGAUUGUGCUCGAUCUUCGACGGUGGCAAGCGAUGCCUGUCCUUUUACGGUCCUUUUCUCCCGUUUGGCGGAGUCUUUCUCCCGACUUUGGCUGGUUCCCAAAGAUAUCGAAGAGGAUGAUGGAUUAUCGGAAAUUCUCCCCAGCAUGCUAUUUAUGUACGCUCAAAUGGCAGGCACCCAAUUGCUAACCUCCGAAGGGACGUUAGCAGGGGUAUUAUACACAAGGUUGGAGCCUGACGAGAUCGUGUGCACAGCCGAGAUGCAGCGUCUCGAGAAGACGCCCGUCUGGCGUGCUCGAGUUGCUCAGGCGCUCCUCCUCCAUUAUAACUGGGAGGCAGCCCUCGACGAAUUCCAGAUCUCUCUUGAUGAAGAUCACAGGAACCCUAUCCUGAGCAAACAAGCGCUAUCCGUGAUCCACAGAGACAUGGCUCGCGCAUGUACCAAAGUCGGAAGGUACAACGAGGCAUUAGAGCAUUCUCAUCUUGCCGAGUCGCUGCAUGACGCCUCCUGGGACCGUGGCCGGCAGGAUCCUGUGCGAAAACUGCUGAACCAUGCGGAAAUGGAGCACCUUGCGAAACUGGACGACAAAGCUGUUGCCGCGGCAAAUGACGCCUGGGAAGUAUUCAUAGGACCAAAGGAGGAUUACCGAGACAGGUAUACUCUGUGUUCGUUCUUUUCGAUCUUUCUGGAGCUGCGCCAGACACACCGUGUUCACGAUGUGCUCGAUUUUGCCGUUUCACAUCCUCAAGAGUUCGAAUGGACCGAAAAAGAAGGUUUCGUCGAGUUCCUCACUUCAGUACUGACUUGGAUGCCCCGUCUAAUCUAUAGAGUGCUUCACUAUGCGCGGAUGUGGGCCGACGGGAAGCUUAUUGAUCUUGUUGCCUCGGCUGCUGCCAGACUCGAGGCCUCUGGAGGGGAAAUAACCAUGAACCUGGAGACGGCGAAAUACUUAUUCGCGUCACUGAUGUUUGAAAACAACCGGAUCAGCGCAGGAAUCCAAGCUUGGUACAAGGUUGCCGACUACCCUGACGACUUGGGUAUGAGAUUGGUUGGGAUACGCUCACGGUGUCGCUUAGCGGCCGUGUGUCUGUACCAUCCAGAGAUUCCAUUCUGCGACGAGUCCCCUCUGGGAUUGGAUGAAAAGGCGGAGUUUAGUGAUAUUUGUUUGGUCAUCUCGAGUUGGCUGCGGGACCAUGGUGAUCUCGCAAACGCCCGAAUAGCUCUCCGCGGACGUGUGAAGAAAAGUAUCGAACUGUUGUCGGACGAUGAUCCUUCCAACGAUGUUAACGCCUUCAAGAGUCUCUUUCUGACAUUUCUGGCGGCUGCGAACAGCGAUGAAGAUCUGAAUGGGGCAUUGUAUUUGAUUAAGUCCUGGUACAGGGACUAUUUGCAGGGAGGGAAGAAAGACAAUCCCCCAUCAGAAGCCGUUGGAGUGUCUUACAAUAACGGCGCGAACAGUGUGGAAGAUGGCGUUGCCGAAUCUUUGAACCAAGCGCAUCUUGCCGAUGACGAGACACAAGGACCGGAUGAUGAGGUCUCUGAACGCCAGAUCGCGUACAGAAUCGCCUAUCUCGCCGAGUGUUCGAACUGCAAGUAUGAGAUGAACUCGAUAUGCCACUGGUACUUGUGUCGUUCUUGCCCAUUCAUGAUGCUGUGCCAAUGCUGCUACCAGGAUAUCCAGUCAUCGAUAUCCCAGUCUGGUGCGUCCCAUCCCCCGGGCAUCUGUGACCCCCGACACGAGUUUUAUUAUACCGGGUCUCCGCUUCGGCCCUCCGAACGUGUGCCUGAGGGGAUGAUGAUGCUUGAGAAUUCUGAUGGCAAGAGGCAGACGAUAUGGAUUGAAGAAUGGAAGGAUAAGCUGUCGGAGAAGUGGGAGACGGAAGGCUUUGCCUUUGAGGGUGGACUGUCGGCCUGGUGUAUGCGAGUCUUGCCGGAGCCACAGAGAUCUCGGUGGGCAACAUUUUUCAGGUAA